ACUGCGCAGAAUGCAGCGCAGCCUUGACGCUCGUCAACGCGCCGUCACAUGACUGUGAGCAAAAGUUGCUCGGCAGCAGCACAUUGUGUCAGCUGACUGUGGCUGUUUGUCCUACAUAUUAGACCGCACAACAAUAACAUCCCCACAGCGAUACUGCUCUCAUUAUCGUUAACUGGUCCUGAGGGCUCGCCAACAUGAGAAUCGCCUUUUUGCUGCUCGUUGUUGCCUUUUUCUGCACGUCCGACGCGAUUGUCCGGAUACCACUAAAGAAGUUUCGAACCCUCAGACGAACACUAAGUGACUCUGGCAGAUCAUUAGAGGAGCUUGUGUCUAGUUCUAAUUCCCUGAAAUACAACCUGGGCUUCCCAGCUAGUAAUGAUCCUACUCCAGAAACACUCAAAAACUACCUAGAUGCUCAGUAUUAUGGCGAGAUCGGUCUUGGCACUCCUGUCCAGACCUUCACUGUGGUGUUUGACACUGGAUCCUCCAACCUGUGGGUACCUUCAGUCCACUGUUCCCUGACUGACAUCGCCUGCUUGCUUCAUCACAAGUACAAUGGGGGCAAAUCAAGCACCUAUGUGAAGAAUGGGACUCAAUUUGCCAUCCAGUAUGGAUCAGGAAGUUUGUCCGGGUAUCUCAGCCAGGACACCUGCACGAUUGGAGAUAUUGCAGUUGAAAAGCAGAUAUUUGGAGAAGCUAUCAAGCAGCCAGGAGUGGCCUUCAUUGCUGCCAAGUUUGACGGUAUUCUCGGGAUGGCCUAUCCUCGCAUCGCUGUCGAUGGGGUUCCUCCUGUUUUCGACAUGAUGAUGAGCCAGAAGAAAGUGGAGAAAAAUGUUUUCUCUUUCUAUCUUAACAGAAACCCUGACACUCAGCCUGGUGGUGAGCUGCUACUGGGAGGAACAGACCCCAAAUAUUACACUGGAGAUUUCAACUAUGUGGACAUCAGCAGACAGGCCUAUUGGCAGAUUCACAUGGAUGGCAUGAGCAUCGGCAGUGGACUAUCUCUGUGUAAAGGAGGAUGUGAAGCCAUUGUGGACACUGGGACGUCUCUGAUCACUGGCCCAGCUGCUGAAGUCAAAGCCCUGCAGAAGGCUAUUGGAGCCAUCCCUCUGAUGCAGGGAGAGUACAUGGUAGACUGUAAGAAAGUGCCGACGCUCCCCACCAUCUCCUUCUCCCUGGGUGGAAAGGUCUACUCGCUGACUGGAGAACAGUACAUACUCAAGGAAAGCCAGGGUGGACACGACAUCUGCCUGAGUGGAUUCAUGGGUCUGGAUAUCCCACCGCCUGCCGGACCGCUGUGGAUUCUGGGUGAUGUUUUCAUUGGCCAGUACUACACUGUGUUUGACAGGGAGAAUAACAGAGUGGGCUUCGCUAAGGCCAAAUCAGUCUAACAUUUAACACUUGAGACCUCAGUGUCAUGAGAGUAAGGAGAAAAGUAGGACAUCUGUCAAUAUCGUCUCUGCGUCAGUGACGGAGUUUAGCAUUAUGAUGAUCCAUGUCUUUGCACUGCUGUUAGCUUUUAAAAGUUUUCGUUUUAAAGAGGCACAUGGAGAAGAAAUGAUUCAGGGAAAAGUCAAACCGAUGACAAGUUACACUCAUUUGCUUUUUAGUUCAGGCUUGUUUGAAUAUCUGUGAUUGCAAUGCAAGGUUUUAACAUUUUUAUUUGAAAAUUGUCAUGUCCUUGAUUUUUACACACUACCUGUUUUAAGAUUUUUAUUGUGGAAUGACUUCUAAUGACUGAUCAAAUCAAAACGGGGAAUAAAGCUGUUAUAAACUCAACUGUGCUGUUAAAUUUAUACAUAUAUUUUUUAUUGUUUUGUUUAUUUGGACAUAUGUGAAGUUUAUUUAUAAAUUUCGAGAGGAUCGCUUGCUCAUGAAUGAUCACAGCUGGUCCAGCAUUAGCCAAUUCAUGAUUCACCAAUCAGAUGAUCCCCAAGUCUCCAUAAAUAACCCAAGUUCCAUACCGUAGUCAUCUUUGUUUUGAAGAAUCCCCUCCUGGGUUUCCUGGUUUGCUCCCACCAUCCAAAAACAUGCAACUUAAGGUAUUUAACUAAUCUAAAUUGUCACUAUAGAUAUGCUCCUAGAAAGAAGUUAUCUCUUCAUAGCAAUCUCUAAUUGCUCAUUAGCUACAAACAGCAGGGGAAUUCUUGAGAUCUACCCGAGCUCAAUCUCCCCUCUCACCCUGCAAAUGGGAGAGAGGCCCAGGUUUGAGGAUGAGCUCAGGGCUCUCUCCUGGGACAGCAUGCCAAACACACUUUAUAAUCUAUCAUCAGCUAAGGGUGAACUCUUGAAAGCAUGUUAUAUUAGGUCAUCAUUAAUCGUCAUAUUAUUUGAUAUGUUUACUUGUGUUAUUAUUAUUAUUAUUAUUUUUUUUUUUUUUAAAUAAAUGAUCAAACCCUCAGGUAGUUAAAAAAAUCA